AUGGACUCCAGCGGCACCACGCUGUCCCCCACGACUACAGUGGGGCCCACCCCCUACACCGGCGAUGGUCUGAUGCAUACGGUUAGUGCCAGUGACCAGGAUAGAAAGCUUCAUACGUCGUACCUGUAUCCUCUGAGCAAGGCGAAAACACACCAGGGUUCCGGCACGUACGAGGGCCAGGCAGACAACACCAAGACUGUGCAUGCGUACAAGACUGUCCAUCUGGACAAUGUGAUAGACGAGUUCAAGCCUUUGGACCCAAAGACAGUGCUGCAUAUGGAGAAGAAGCCGCAUCUAGCGAAGAACAACAGCUCUGUGCCCUUCCGGACGACCGCAAAUUAUAAACGCAGAGUGUCUUUCGAUACGGUGAAUCUUCAGAUUGCGGAUAACGACGAUUAUUAUGGCGACGACGAAUGCGACGACGUGGGACUGAUGCAGGGCAGAGACCGUUGGAGCCGACGCGAGCAGCUUCUAAGCUCUGGGGGCUGGGGUCCGUUUAGCGGCAGCGAGCCGUCGCCUGGCUCGAGCUAUCUGGCUUCACGGGGUCGAUCUCCACAUCGAGACAUCUCGCCACACCAGGGCCUGCGUGCAAACUCGUCUGAGCGCAGUCUAUCCCCAGGAAACCCGUUUAUGAAGCGUAUGGGGUCCGUUUCGCCCAUAAGAAACAUUAGCAUUGCGGGAGCCAUGACUUCCAGACAGUACCCUACAAGCCCCAUUAUCACGCACGAUGCAUGCACAUUGACCAAGAAACACAAAGAUUUUGACAAGCUGUAUUUGCGGCAACUGGGCUCUAGAAGACCACUGUUGCCAGACAGAAAUAUCAUGUGCUACAUAUCUGGCCGCAAACAUACAUGGGUGGCUCUAGACUGGUGUUGCAACCGAUUGUUGGAAGAUGGCGACAGCAUGGUCGUGACGGCGUCCAUCAACCCCAGCUCGCGCUCGCUGUUUGUCCGGCGUCUUUCCUCGAGCUCCAACCAGAGCAGAGAAGCCAGCGAGGAAUAUAUACGCAACUCGCCCGAGUACGCCAAGGUGGUGACCGAAAACAUCAUGAAAUACAUCAUGGCGAUUUUGAACCCGAACAAGAUCCUCAAGAUCACGAUCGAGCUUGCCGUCGGAGGCACCAAGGACGUGCUGAAAGACAUGUACUCGCUGUAUUUGCCGUCGUUGGUGGUAGUUGCUGCGAAGCCGACCAAGGCAGCCUCCACGCGGUCGUGGGUGACAUCACGGGUGACAGACCGCCUGGUGAAGAAUUUCCACGUUCCUGUGGUGAUUGUUCCGUCGCUGAACAUGGAUUUAUUCGAAGAAAAGCUAUUUGCUGUGCUCAACAAGCGCAUGGACGAAUUGCACCACAACUACGACGAUCCGAAUUUCGUGGCAGAGCUAGAGGAUGUGGGCUCGUACAAGCUGAGCGACCACGAGUCGGCAAUUGCCACGCAGAAGGAGGCCGAGGAGCAGAACACGGACUCGCCGGCGGGCGAGCUCAAACGAUUGCAACACUUGACCAACAUAAAAAUAUACCAGGAACUUUCCGACAUUUUGAAACGCUCAGACGACGAAAACAAGUAUAAAGACUGGCUCAAGGUCAUUUCUGCUGCAGCAUACAAUUACGGCGUGAAUCUUGCCGAGAGCGCAAAGAGCGGAGGCGAGAGCGCCCAGCUGGUGCGCACGCUGACAGGAGCACCAGACCCAAUAUACGGCCGUGCACGGUCGAUGCUUCUGGACACCGACACCAGUCCGACGCCAAAGUCUCCGCAAGGAGGCAAAAUCCCUGCCAUCCACAUACACUCGUCUGGUGACUAUAGCGGGCCUCGUCAACAGACAUCUCUCAAGUUCGACAUCAGCCACCCCAAAUAUUAUUCUCAGGACAGCAGCAUGUCCUUGAAAAUGGACCCGUUGCGUCCGACCGUGUCAACGCCACAGCUGCACCCGCAGAAGUCGUCUGACUCGACUGAAAAGGAAAAAAAGGGCUUUUUCAGAAGUCUUUUCAGAAGAAAAUAG